AUGCGGCUGCCUGGGGCCGGAAAGCCGAGUCCGUCACGAAUUUCGUCCCUGGUGUGCCCACCAUCCGGCGGCUCCCCCGGAAACAGCAGCCUCGGGCCUCCGACGUUCCGCCGCCCGUUCUCUUCUGCCUGGCUGCCCGGCUUCGCUCUCUCUACCCUCCCCUUGGUUCGUCUGGCCUCUGGCUGCCGGGGCGGGAUGGAGGAGACUAUUACGGCGGCGCUCACAGCCCCGGGAGUGUCCGUGUCAGCUGAGGAGAGAGAGGCGUGGAUGGAGAGGGCGAUGCACAUGGCAAAAGAAGCCCUAGAAAAUGGAGAAGUUCCUGUUGGAUGCCUUAUGGUCUAUAACAAUGAGGUUCUGGCAAAGGGGAGGAAUGAAGUUAAUCAAACGAAAAACGCUACACGACAUGCAGAGAUGGUGGCAAUCGAUCAGGUCCUAGAGUGGUGUCAUCGUUGUGGUAAAAAUCCUACAGAAGUAUUUGAACACACUGUGUUAUAUGUGACUGUGGAGCCAUGUAUAAUGUGUGCUGCUGCCCUUCGCCUGAUGAAAAUCCCACUUGUUGUAUAUGGUUGCCAGAAUGAAAGAUUUGGAGGUUGUGGCUCUGUUCUGGAUAUUGCCUCUGCAGACUUACCAAAUACUGGAACACCCUUCAAGUGCAUUCCUGGAUAUCAAGCUGAGGAAGCAGUGGAAAUGUUAAAGACCUUCUACAAACAAGAAAAUCCAAAUGCACCCAAAUCAAAAGUCCGGAAGAAGGAAUGUCACAAAUGUUGAACUUCAUCUGACGGAAGACCAAUCCUUAAUAGUGACUUUGACAAAAUUCUUGGAAUGGAAGCAUUUAACAUGACUUAAUUACCUAUCUGUGAUCCAUCCAUACCAGCUAAUCUAAUGUUCCUCACACAUAACUCUCUGUCAAUUGCAGUAGCUGUCCUCUCUUCCUGGAAUAAUCUCCCUCCUUACCUCUGCCUCUCAGAAUACUUGGUUACCUCAAGAUUCAGUUUAGGGGCAGCCAGAUGGUGCAGUGGAUAGAGCACCAACCCUGGAGUCAGGAGGACCUGAGUUCAAAUCUGGCCUCUGACACUUGAUGCUUACUAGCUGUGUGACCCUGGGCAAGUCACUUAACUCCCAUUGCCUCACAAAAAAAAAAGAUUCAAUUCAGAUCCCAUCUACCGUAGGAGGCCUUCCAGGUUCACCCAGCUAGAAAUGCCUUUAACAUCUUAACAAAGGUUACCUUGUAAUUACUGUGUAUGUGUCUUAUUUAUAAAUAUAUAUGCACAUAAUACACAUUAGAAUAUGAGCUUCUUGGGGGAAGGGACUGUUUUGCUUUUCUUUUGUAUAUCUAACAUUUAGCAUAGUGCCUGGCACAGAGUAGAUGGUCAAUAGAAACUGAAAUAGAUUUAAGAAGAAUAAGGCGAGGCUAGUUGGCAGCACAAAGCAAGGUAACAAAAGAUUAGUGAACAUAUUAGUGAAUUGAAUAAAUUAAUAUAGUGGUGAGGGGGCAAACUGGUAAAACUGAUAUGAGAUUGAGACAAGACCAAAGGGAAGGUGGGUAUAGCCAUGGCUAUGGAGUUGCUGAAACAAAGUAAAGGACAUUAAAUAAGGUUGUCUGUAAAAACUUUUAACCAGGUGCUUAUUGCAAGACUUAAAGCACCUGCCCUGGAUUCAAGAGGACCUGAGUUCAGGUCAGGCCUCAGGCACUUGACACUUACUAGCUGUGUGACCCUGGGCAAGUCACUUAACCCUCAUUACCCCACAAAAAACAAAUAAACAAAAAAAAAAGAAAGAAAACAAAACAAGGCUGAAAAUCGUGAUAAUUGAGAGUAGGGGAAAUUGUGUAGUAACUUGCAUUGAGUGUGAAAUACUUGCAUUUCUGCCACAAAUGAGUAUCUGUUAUCUGUGUUUCAAGUGAGGCUGAUCUCCCUUCUAAAGGAUAAUAUGAAGAGACUUAAAGAACACCUCUUUACAUUCCAGGUUCUUAGGGAGAAUGAAGAAUUCCUAAAAGAAACAGAAUUAAGGUUUCAGUGUUGAAGAAAGGGAUUCCUUGUCAGGAUGGUAUAGAAUGAAUGUUACACAGAGAAGAGAAAUUAAAAAGGAUGUCUGUGCAAUGAAUGCUUAACACAGAUCUGAUGCUCUUUCUGAAGAGGAACAAGUUCUCAUUCCUCCCAAGAGUAAUAAAGUAGAGCCACAAAAGGUAUCAGGUAUGAGAGCAUUUAAUAAGAGGCAAAGGAAAAAGAGAAAAGUAGUGGUAGCUGCUGAUUUCCCUGCCCAUGGUAUAGAAUCAUCUAUUUGCUGACCUGAUAACAAUGAUAGUGAGAUCUGUUAUCUUUCUGGGGCAUGUAUCCCAAGAUAUAAUAGAAAACCUUCCCAAACUUAAAAUGGAUAACAGCUGUUCUCUUCUAGUCAUUUAUACGGGUACAGAUGACACUUCCAUGCAGACUUCCAUACAGAAUCUCAAAAGUAUUGCCAAGGUUAUAAAGUGUUGGGCAAGAAACUAAAAGCUAUGAUGCUUCAGGGGUGCAGAACAGAAGAUUUAAUCUGUGAGGGGAACAGCUGGUUUAAAAGAGUGUUAUUUGACAAUGGGAUUUGGAUUUAUGAAUCAUGGCUUACAAUGUGGCAUUGACAGAUUUCUACAAACCUUUUUUUUCCCCCGGGGCAAUGAGGGUUAAGUGAC